GCGUACACAGGGGUUACGCGUCCUGUGGCGAGAGCGAGAGGUCAGGCCAUGAACCUGGGAGAUGGUUUAAAGCUUGAAACUGAAUUGUUGGAUGGAAAAACCAAGUUAAUAUUGUCUCCAUAUGAAUGUAAAUCAAAAAAUUCUGUGAAGGUUUAAUCAAGGUGAAGUUGCUUGAGUAUCCAGCAUAAAUGGGUGACGAUAAUCAGAGUAAUUCCACAUGCUACUUAUAAAAGUUAUUUCUUUCUAAAUAUGGUAUAUAGCUAUAUACCUUGUGUGCUUUUUUUAGUCACAAUACAAAUUGUAUAUUUUUUCCUGGUCCUGCACUAUUUUUAAAAAAAAAAAAUUUUUUUUUUAAGAUUUUUUAAUUUAUUUUAGGGGGCGGUGAGGAGGGAGAGGAGACUCUUAGCAGUCUCCACACUGAGUGCGGAGCCCCACAUGAGGCUCUCGGCUCAAUCUCACGACCCUGAGAUCAUGACCUGAUCUGAAACCAAGAGUCAGAUGCUUAACUGACUCUGCCACCCAGGCGCCCCAGGUCCUGCUCUAUUAAAAUAUUGCAACUAAUUAUUAUAUCUGAAUCACAUUAACAAAUACUGCACCCCUUUUUGAGAUCCCUAGAUAAAAAGCUGCUUGUCGUAGUUGAUUUCCAUAUUCCCCUGGCCUCUGUUCUCUUUCACCUUUUUCCCCUUCUAUUGAUGUCUUUUUUUUUUUUUAAAGAUUUUAUUUAUUUAUUUGAGACAGAGAGAAUGAGAGAGACAGAGAGCACACGAGAGGGGGGAGGGUCAGAGGGAGAAGCAGGCUCCCUGCCGAGCAGGGAGCCCGAUGCGGGAUGCGGGACUCGAUCCCGGGACUCCAGGAUCAUGACCUGAGCCGAAGGCAGUCGCUUAACCAACUGAGCCACCCAGACGCCCCUAUUGAUGUCUUUAAUGGAUUUGCUUUAAUCACCACAUUUGUGAAGACAUUUCAUUGUCUUUUUAACCAAUUUAAUAUGGUGGUCUCCUUUCAUGCCUAUAACAAAAUUACUAGUUUUGGACUUUUGAUAGAAUCAUUACAAGAUUCUACUAGCAGUCUAGAAAUGUUUUAUUCUAGGAUUCUUUUUUCCGGAAUAAUGUGUCUCAGCCGAUGUUGAUCUUAAAUUAUUUACUGUCUUAGAGCAAAUUGUUUGGUUUUAUUCCUCUUGUUUUGGGGACUUCAGAAUACUGAUGAUGGUAACUAUGUGAGGUGAUGGAUAUGUUAAUUCGCUUGAUUGUGGUGACUAUUUCACAGUGUAUGCAUAUGUUAAAUCAAGUUGUACACCUUAAAUAUAUACAAUUUUUAAUUGUCAAUUAUACCUUAAUAAAGCUGGAAAAAAAAUACUGGUGCAACUUAAGUCUCCCUUCUAUAUUGAUUUUAUUUUAAGGAGCUUCUCUUCCCAUAUUUAUAGGGGUUGCUGAAAUCCUCCUCAUUUCUUUCUUUGCUCUUUACAGAAGACAAAAAAGCAAAAACAGUAGUGCUUGUUUUUUUUUGCUUAAAUUUGUUUUUUAAUCUCCCAGAUCUCAGUUCUGCAGCUAUGUGUUGGAUUCUCGUUUCUAUAAGUUAUUGGUGAAUUCUCUUUUCAUGGUGCUUUUCUUUUUCUACUGGGAGAAGUUCCUGAGUGACUACAGCACCUACCUACAGUUCUGGUUUUCCCCUUCCUCACAGGUUGAAUUACUGUCAUGCUCAUAGUGUGCUCUUUAGACACAACUGAACUCUCAUCAUCAUCAAGUUUAACACAUGUGUGGUCAGAGUACUCUCUUAAUUUUUUCAAAAUCCCUUCUGUAUUUUUUUAAAUCUGUGGUAAGGAAUAUGAAGUAAAGAUGGUUACCUAUAAGGAGGAGAAAUGAGAGAAAUAUUAAGGAUUCAGUGUCAUGAAUAAUUUAUAAUUCCAAAUUCUUAUGCUUAAAAUUGUCUCACAGGUUAGUUGAAAUAUAAAACAUUAAAAAAAUAUUUUUCACAGGAAUUUCUACAUGUGAGAAUCAGAGUAGUGACACACUAAAGGGUAUAUACAAUAUUAGUGUUAGGUAGCAUAUUUUAUAAUUUAAAAUGUUAUUUUCUCUGAUUCUAGCCUUGGGAUCCUGGCCCCAAAUAAUUGAUAAACUCAGCCAAUAUUAAACAAAUGCAUUGGACUUUGUUUAUAUUAUGAAAAAUAUUGGUAGAAUUAAAACUAGUUAAAAGAGCAACUUGCUACUUAAAAAUGUUUAUGACAUGAAGACUCUUUGAUCUAUUAAAAUUUACCUGAUCCAGUAAACACCUGGGGAAUUAUUUGGGCUAGAUUGCUUUUUAUUAUUAAGUAACCUGAAUAUAAUUGAAUAUUUAUUUGGUAGUUCAUGAUUUUUUGCUGGCCCCAUUCAUUGUUUUUUUCCUGCUGUUCAGCUACAAAAAAUAGUCAGGGGCCACCUGGGUGGCUCAGUCAAUUAAGCAUCCCACCCUUGAUUUUGGCUCAGGUCAUGAUCUAAGGGUUGUGAGAUCAAGCCCUGCUUUGUGCUCCGAGCUGGGUGUGGAGCCUGCUUGAGAUUCUCCCUCUCCUUCUGCCCCUCCCCCCCUGCCCCCAAAAAAGUAAUCAGAAUUGAGCUGAAUGUAUAUGGACCUCAUGCCAGGGCAUUGUCCCCUCUCCCCUUCUUAUUAAAUAUUUUUAGAAGAUUUUUUUGGUAUAUUUUUUUCUUUUGUAAGUGGAAUGUAGCAGGAUAAUUCUACUUAAAUUAGAGCUCCAAUUAGUAGGUUUCUAUUUAACAAGGAUUUAUUAAAGCUGUAAAAUUUUAGUGGGGUGCCGUUCUUGGCUGUAUUUCUUCUAUGACAGAGGAAAAAAAUGAGUAAAACCUAGGCCUUGUUUUCUGGAAGUGAUGAUAUCAGUCAGGUAAAUCACUAUACAAUACAAGUAGACUAUAAUGUAUGCCAUGGUAGGAUUAUAAAAGGCAGAGAACACUGCAAAGAGCAGCUCUUUGUGGCUUGAGGAGACCAGGGAAAGCUUUGUAAAAGGAGGUGACAUUUUAAUUAGAAUUUAAAAGAUGAGGCAGUUAUUUAUAGGUACGGAGGUAUGGGAGUGUAUUCUAAGCUCAGAAAAUAGUGGGCAAAACACCAAAAUAGCAUAAUUUGCAUUUGGGGAAUAGUGUGUAUCUUGGGGAAGUGUAGAACAUUAAGCUUGGGCGGGGGGGUUACAGUCUUAGAGUUUAAAUGUAUACUCACAGAGUUUGAACUUCCUUGAUUUGUGUGUAGGGUGAAGGACAGAUGAUAAUGGGGAGACUGGUUAUGGGCCAGUUACAGUUCAGGAAGAGUCUCAGGAGUUCCUGAACAUGUUUGGUGGUUAGUGAAAUGGAAAAAAGGGGACAGAAAUGAAAGACUUCCAAGAUACGUAAUGGUAUGCACUGCACUUAGCAGUUUGAGCAACUGAUUAGAGAUGUGAAAUGCUCAACUAUCAGUGACCCAAAAAAGGCCAGUAUGAGUCAAAGAAAGGUGACAUCGUAGUUAGAGACAGGUGGUACGGCUGAGCAGUAUAAGCUACGUGCCAUCUCCUGAUAAUUUGCUUAAUCCACAUACUGGCUUUCAAAAACUAGAGUGAACUGUCAGUAUCUAAAAAUAGGAAAAUUUAAUGUAGAAUCUGGCAUUUUUGGUUCUCUUGAAGUACUGGGUAAUCUAGCAAGUAGACUCAGAUUCCUGUUUGGUGGUGUAGGCUGAUUCUGAAUGGUGGCUGCCUCCUUUAGAUAGAAAAAUGCUCUUCAGCUCAUCCCAGUUCCUACCAAGCCUAAUUUACAGUAGGUAUUUGAGGUUGCCACCUCUCACUUAGAGAAUUAGUUACAUUAAAAUAGCCUCAGGGGCACCUGGGUCACACAGUCCAUUGAGCGUCCCCCGCUCUUGAUUUUGGCUCGGGUUGUGACCUCAGGGUUGUGAGGUCAAGCCCUACAUCAGGCUCUGCACUCAUUGCAGAGUAUGCUUGAGACUCCUUUUCUCCCUCCCCCUCAGUCCCUCCCUUCCCCCUCUAAAAUAAAUCUUUAAAAAACUUUUUAAAAAUCGCCACAAGUUGGAUGGGUAAAAAGGCAUUUUACAUUGUGGUAUUGGAAUUAUCAAAAGCCUAAAGCCAGGAACAAAUAAGAUGUAGAUGAGAUGAAGAGAAUAAUAAACAGAUCUUGUGGCUGAUAGUACAGGUAUAUUUUGAAAAGUAGGGUGAAAUAGGAUUGGUAUUGGUCAAAGUAUGGUUAUAUAUUUUGUAAGUUACUGAAAGACAAGGGGAGUUGGGAUAUAAGCUGGGUGAAAGUCAUGUGGUAUCUACCUCACUCUUUGACAGCAAGUAUCUUAUUAAUCUUUACCACUAGCACUUUUCCAUAUUGGUGAGCACAUAAAAAGCAGUUAAUUUUGAUUGAACAACCAUUGAAUUAGUUUAAUUGGGUUCGCUGAAAUGUACAGUGGAUUAAAUAGGGGAAAGAUAUGAGAUAGGCAGGCAGUAAUCUAGUAGUGUGGUAAUGAAAACCUAAAUUUAGGCUUAUCAUCAUGUAAAUGGUGAGAAAAAGAUUUGGAAGGAAGAAAUGACCAAUACUUGUGCAUAAGCUAAAGAAGACCGUGAAGGAGGAUAAAGUUAAAGAUGACUCCAUGCUUACUGGUCUGAGAGAUUAGAACAACAGUGCCACAGAAAUGGGAUAUUUUGGAAGGGGGAACAAAUAUGGGAGAGAGAGAUAAUUCAGUUUUUAAAAUAGUAUAGUUGAGGAUAAUAAAAAAUUUACUGAACACCUACUCUGUUCCACUCACUAUUCUGUACUGGACAAAGUAUACAAACAUUUCUGCCCUAGGGAGUUUACAUUGGAAAAGGGGUUGAACGGGCAUACAUUUAGCAAAAUAAAUAUAGGGUGUUACAAGAUGAAAAGUGCUAUAGAGAAAAAUAAAGGAGAGAAAGGGAAGAGGCACAGUUACUUCAGGGGCACAGCAGUCUUUGGAAAAGGGAGUGCUAGGUAGGUGGGAGUAUGAGGGUAGAACAGGAAACCUGCUACAACCUCCCCCCACCCAAAAAAAGGAACAGGAAACCUACAAUUUUAAAUAGGGUGGUCAGAGAAAACCUUACUGAGUCAGUGAUGUUGGAGCAAAGAUUUGAAGGAGGUGAGUGCAUCAUGUAGAAUCUGAAGGAAGAAUGUCCCAGUUAGAGGGAUAGACUAGUGCUAAGGCCUAAAACUGGAGGUUUAGGAAUAGCCAAGAAGCCCAUGUGACUGGAGGCUAAGAUAGAAAAUGAGAUCAGAGAGAUCAGAUAAGGGGAUAAAGUGUGAAGAGUGCACAGAUCAUUAGGUCUUUUUUGGUCAUAUUAUGAAGUUCAGUUUUUCCUCCUAAGUAAGAUAGGAAACCAUUAGAAGCUUUUGAAGAAAGUGACAUGAUCUGACUUAAUCUAUAAGGUACUCACUGUGGCUGCUAUGUUGAGAACAGACUGGGGAGCAAGGGCAGAAGGAAGAAAUCCGAAGGCUUUUCAGUAAUGCAGGCAAGAGCUAAUGUCUUGGAGUAAAGGGAUGGUAAGAGAGUUGUUCAGGAGUGGUCAGAUUUAGAAUAUAUUUUGAAGAUGGAGCAAAACAAGGUUUGAUGACAAGUGUGGCAUAUGGGACAAUAGUCGAUAAUUCCAAAAUUUUUGUCAUAGGUAGCUGAGAUGGGAAAAACUGGAGGAGGUUAUUUAGGGGCAUGUGGGAUAUCAAGAGUUUGGUUUUGGGCAUGCUGUUUUAAAUGGCUAUUAAUAACACAGUGGAAGUGUUUGGAUAGGCCAAUGGAACCUCAAGUUAGGGGAGGAGAGGUCCAUCCUGGAGACAAGUUUGGGAGUCGUCAGCAUAUGGAUAAUACUCAGAACCACAAGGGUAGAUGAAAUUAGCAAGUGAAUGAGCUAAGUUAGAGCUAAGAGAUCCUGGGACUAAGCAACUUUAAGAGGUCUGGGGGAAAGGGAGCCAGUGAAGACUGAAAAGGAACAGCAAGAACCAGAAUUGUGAAGUCCUCAGGAAAUAGAGAGAGUGAUUCAAAAUGGGAGGAAUAAUCAACUGUGUCACAUGCUGCUAAUAAGUCUGGUAAGAUGAUCUAAGGAUCAGUCACUGAAUGCCUCGUAAAAAGUUAUUAAAAUGACCUUGAUGAGCAGUUUUGGUGGAGUGUGGGUGAGAGCUUGGCUGGAAUGGGAUUGUGGGAGAUGAGAAAGUGGGAUCAUGUAUUUUUAAAGACGGUAAAGAUGUGAUCUAGCAGGAAAGAAACAGUUGAUUCAGGAGAAAGCAAAGAAUUGCUAGGCAGAGAUCCCUGAGAAAGAAAGGGUUAUGGGGAUAUCUGCAAAUAACAGGAGUGUAAGCAGUUUGUAGGAGUACUGAUGCUUGUACAGAUUUAGUGGUAGAAACUUGGAAGUUUUUUUCUGAAUGCUUCUCUGUAAGAUUUUCAAUGCAAUAGUGAUCAAGAUCUUCAGCUGACAAUAAGUAUGAAAGAGAAAGUGUUCGUUUUGGGAAAGAGGAGAAAGUUGAAAUUGUUGAAAGAGUGAGAGAGUAAAUGAAUUUGCAAAAUGUCUAACUGCUGAGUAGCAUGAAGGGCCCAUUUGUUUUGGGUUAUGUAUUUAAGGUGAAACUAGAUAUUGUGGCUUUGUGUUUUUCUUCCUGAGUGCAGGCACGGAGUAGGUGAAGAGUUAGAUUUUACCAGUCUGGGGAUUUGCAAAGCGUAUAUGUCAGAGCAGAGCAGUUGAGAAUAGAAGAUGGUGGUGGUUUUUGGUUAAUCAUGGAAUUUAAGAUUGGUAAAGGAGGACAAGAGGAAGGUGGUAGGAUAAAUAGAUUAUAUCCCAGCUGAGUUAAAGAAUUAUCAGAAUUGGGAUAUGCAAGGAAGUGAGCUAGGGAAAAUUGGGUGUUGGUCAUUGUGCCAUACUUGAAACAGAUUAUGGAGGGAUUGUAGUUAGGAGUAGUUACAAGGUUAGUAUAAGCUAUCACUAUGAGAAUGAGUAGCUGAGGUAGCAUGGAGGACAAGAAUAUAGGAACAGAGUUCAAGGAAAUGAGAGGCCAGGGAGUUGGAAGAAUGAUCUAUGUGGAUAUGAAAGCACUUAAUAAGAUAGGAUUAUGUGGGGUGCCUGGGUGGCUCAGUUGGUUAAGCGACUGCCUUCGGCUCAGGUCAUGAUCUCAGGGUCCUGGGAUCGAGCCCUACAUCGGGCUCCCUGCUCUGCGGGAAGACUGCUUCUCCCUCUCCCACUGCCCCUGCUUGUGUUCCAUCUCUCGCUGUCUCUCUCUCUGUCAAAAAAAAAAAAAAAAAAAAGAUAGGAGUUAUGUUAGAAGGAUGUUGACCCACAAGUUAAGUUAUUCAAGAAAUAACUAAUCUAUAUUACUAACUCACAGGUCUAUAGAUACCUAUAAAGAAAAGAGGUGGUCUGAGUGAUAUAAUCAUGACAGAUUCAAAGCUGGAGUAGAAUGGAGAUGUCCUGUAACAACUAAAAUAAAAGUUCUGUAUUGAUUAUGUUGAAAUAAAAUAAUUUCCAGUUGUUGAAGCUUUCAAUGAAGAUUUGCAAAGGUUAUAUGUUAGUGUCUCGUGGAUAUAGUGUCUUAACAGCAAAAUGGAAAAAAAUUUAGAGGCCUGACAUCACAGAUUAUAUAAAGAUAAUUGUUGAUUUUUCAUGGGCUGUUAUAAAGAAUAAAUUUUUGGUGUUUUAACAGAUGGGAAAUAAGACCAAGAUUGCAAAAUGUCCUUUAAGAACAAAACAAACUGGAUACAUUCUAAAAUCAACACAAAAUACUUGUAUCAGGAGUGGAAAACUUUUGCAAAAGAAGAGAAUGGGUUCAGAAACUUCACUGGCAAAAGGUGAAAAAAAUAGUAUGACUUUUUCUCCCACUAAGGAUUUAUGCAAGCAGUAUGUAGAUAAAGACUGUCUUUAUGUCCAGAAAGAGAUUUCACCUGCAACCCCCAAUAUACAGAAGACUAGAAACACCAUAAAUACAUCUGUAGUAGCUAAGCAGAAGCUUUGCAAAAAACACAUCACAGCUGAAAAUAUGAAGAGCAGUUUGGUGUGUCUAACACAAGACCAACUACAACAGAUUUUGAUGACUGUGAACCAAGGAAAUAAAUCCAUUUCCCUGAUUGAAAAUGGAAAGGAGGAAACAAGUCAGGGCAGUCUACGUUUAAACAGUAUUUCCAAUCAGCCAGAGGAUGAGAACAUUAUGGGAGUAUUCCAAAAAACUGAGGCUCUUUCAUCUGUCCUGGAUGAAAAUAAAUCUGUUUUAAAUAAAAAUCAAGAGACAUCUAAGCAGUAUGAGCAGAAAAUUGCCAUAGAGAAUGUAUGGAAACCAGCUGACAUAUUCAGUACUCUGGGGGAAAGAGAACGUGACAGAAGUUUGUUGGAAGCAAAAAAAGCCCAGUGGAAGAAAGAGCUUGAUGAACAGGUUGCUUUAAAGAAGAAAGAAAAAGAAGCUUCUGAAAAACGGAACGAUCUGUGGAAAAAAUUUGAAAGUGAUAAAAUAGUAUGGGAAAAAUUUCAAAUUCUUGACCAAUCUAAGACUUGUGCUAGCUCUUCCAGCAUUCUCUCACAGUCUCCCAUUCAGAUAACAAUGGUCCAGGCUGAUGGGCACCCACUACCUAGAGCUAGUCAGAUUUUAGAGGAAGCAGUACCACCGGAGCACCCUUUCAGUGCCAUGAAACAAGAACAGCAGAGGAAAUGGAUUGAAGAUUUGAACAGGCAAAUAGAAGAUGAUCGGCAAAGAAAAAUUGAGGAAAAAAUUACAUCUUCAAAGGGUGAGGAACAUGACAGAUGGGCAAUGCAUUUUGAUUCAUUGAAGAACUAUCCUGCUUCUCAGUCUCAACUGUCCUCUCGGUCAACACACAACCAACCAGAGUACUUCUGUGUCUCUCCGGACACUCAGGAACUGGCUGAUAUCAGCAGUGUUUAUACACCUACGACUGGAAGUCAGGUUGAACCUUCAGAGGAGGAGCAUAUAGCAAAACCUGUUAGAGAUAAGGCCAUGGCAAACAGUCAGAAAACAAACUUUCUCCGUUCUAUGACUGCUCUCUUGGAUCCAGCUCAGAUUGAAGAACGUGACAGGCGACGACAAAAACAGUUAGAACAUCAGAAAGCCAUCACUGCUCAGGUAGAAGAGAAACGCAGGAUGAAGCAGCUGGAAGAACAGCAAAGAAAGAAGGAAGAACAAGAAGAGGAGCGUCGCUUAGCACGGGAACGAGAAGAGAUGCAGAAACAGUAUGAAGAAGACAUACUUAAGCAAAAACAAAAGGAAGAAAUCAUGACUCUCGAGACAAAUGAGCUAUUCCAGACAAUGCAGAGAGCACAGGAGGUAGCACAGAGGCUGAAACAAGAACAGAGGAUCCGAGAAUUGGCUCAAAAGGGACAUGACACUUCUGGAUUGAUUAAAAAUCUUGGCGGACAUGGCUUGGAUGAUGUCAGUGGUAAAAAGAAUACAUGUAUCAGUUCUACAACCUCUCCCAAAAAGGAUACUGCUGUACAAACAGAUGACUUAAAUACAGGAACACUCACCAAUGCAGAAUCAUGCUGUGGAACAGUAAUAGAAAGGGAAAUUCUAAAUUGUUCAUCUCCUGAGAUUCCUGCAGAAUUUAAUGAACAGUUUAACACUAAGAAAGACAAAGAGGAACUUAUAAUAAAUCAGGUUAAAGGAGUCAACUUAGAAAAAGAAAACAGUUGGCAUAAUGAUCAGUGUAAUGAGUUUGCAAGGACAGAGAAAACACCUAUGAAGAAAUGUCCUAAAAGGCCUGAUUGGAAUAUAAAUAAGCCACUCAAAAGGUAUAUUCCAGCAUCAGAAAAGUACCCUAAACAGCUUCAAAAGCAGAGAGAAGAAAAAAAAGUAAGAAGGCAGAUGGAACUGCUUAAUUUGGUAGAAAGAAAUAAUCCUGGACAUGUCUCUCAAAAUAGAGGCACUUCACCAGUUCUUCCUUCAUCUCAAGAAACUGAGCCAAGGUUCAGGUGGCAUCUAAUCAAAAAGGAAGAAGAGCCUCUGAAAAUUAAUUCUUUCGGCAAGGAAAGGUCUCAGUCACCACCACCAGUUCCAGUGGUGAAAAACAGAACACAACAAACUCAGACACUAAAAAACAGUAAUUAUGAAAGAGAGAAUCUGAUCUUAGAAGAUAGUCAAACAGGAACAUCACCUGGUCUUUCUGAACCAUCUCAUUUUAUCCCCUAUGUCCGAACCAAUGAGAUUUAUUACCUUGAUCCAGAUGCACCUCUGUCUAGGCCUUUAACCCAACAAACUUCACAUGACUGUGACCAAGAACACCGGCAGCUAUUUGAUUCUGAGGUCAGGGACCCACUUCUUAAUCCUAACUUGGUGAAAAACAGGGAUCGACAGCAAGCAAUCCUUAAGGGACUAUCGGAACUGAGACAGGGCCUUCUCCAGAAGCAAAGGGAGUUGGAAACUAAUCUCAUGCCUUUAGCUGCAAAUCAAGAAGAGAAUUUUAAUUCUUCGUUUUAAAUGUAGAAUAUCAAAUCCUUCACAUUUGUUGCUUCUGAAUUAUAAAAUGUGUUCAUUGCAUAACUGUAUUUUCCAAAUAACCUGGAUUUAUUUUAAAAAUGCUUAUUUAAAACUUGUACAUUAUGUAGUACAACGCUGUGUAUAUAUGUUUUUUACAAUAAAACAGACAUUUUUGUAAAGGUUAGUAAAAAAACAUUUUCUGCUCUAUCACAAUCUAGGUAUUUAAACACUUUCUACUUACCUUAAGACAGGUUUCUGACCUGUUCACAGACCACGUUCUUCUACACUUACGUAGCUUAUUACUGAAAUACCACUUAGGUAUUUGUUCUAUAAAAAGAUUUAAGAGGUUAGAACUCUUCCAAGUUCUUCUGAGGGGCCAAAGGAAGGUCUGACUUAACACAUCUCAACUUUAAAAUAGCUCAGUAUUUCUUUUCUAUAAUUCCUGUUUUUAGGACUUUACAAAAACAUUUUACAAGUUUGCAUUUCUAAUGCAGACAGUUAUUAGCAAUAGAUACGGUUUUAAAAUUGACCAUAUACUUUAUCUGUGAAUUGUUAUUUUUAGUAAAGCACUUAAAUUUUCACCACCUCAAAAAUAUACUUACAUUUUUCUAAGACUACGAAUUCAAAAAUCUAUAGCAGAGUUGUUCCAGAUUUGUUCAGUGCCUUUAAUAUAACAGAAGCCCAUCUUUUGGAAAUAUGAAAUUGCAUUUGGUUAAGUCAAGGACCAUACUAAGCAUUGAAAAUUGUAAUCAUCAAACACCUCAAAUAAAAGGUUGACCCAAAAUUUUACCAAUAGGCAAUUUUUAGAUGGCUAAGCCUAAAGAUAAAAAUAAUGCUGCCUGGCAUUAAGUCCUAAGUCUUAUGUUACAUAGUUUAUCAUCUAAACUGAAACUGCAUUCAUUGUUAGAUAAAUCUUGAGGUAUUGAGCCAAAAUCCUUUAUAUCUAUUGACAUCACUGGCUUAUACCUGUAUAAACACUAUACAAAAGCUUAACAAUAGUCGACUGGUAUGUCACUUCAGCAAAAGUAGUUGGUAUCAUCUGACCGGGGGGGAGAAAAAGAAAAGGCAUUGUUCACUAUCCUUUUGCAAAUUGUCUAAUUUUAUAUAUAAAACAGGCUUCAAUUUGAAGCCCAAGUACAGGUAACAUAUAUUUGUAAAACUUAAAAAGUGCCAACAUGAGAUAAUUCAAGUACAAUAUAUGUUAAAAAUAUAUAUAUUUAUUUCAAUUUUCAGAUGCUUCAACUGUUACAGGCCAUCAUGAUUUAAAUAAGAGGAAAAAAAACAUUGAGGAAGGACAAGAAACGUUUUGUUUAGAGAAUGAAAUAUAAAUUGUUAAUUCACUUAUAACAGAAAAAGUUCGUAACAACCUAUUUCAAAAAAAAAAAAGUUACUAUAAUUAUUUCUCUUUUGAAAAGGGCCUGGAAGAAUCACUUUUCCCCCAACUUAAUGGAGAUGGAGAUUUAGCUCUAUCCAAGCUUUGAGUGUAAGCAGAUAAAAAGUAAUUUUCACUUUCUUGAGACUGACUUGAUGAAAGGGCAUAUGGUGUCCCCAGAAAUGUCUGAUGAGUGAGAACAUUAAAAUGACUAAACUGAUGGGACAUAUUUAAUUGACUGUGAUAAACCUGAAAGUUGCUAUAUGAAUCUUGUUCAGUUGCACUGCUGUUCUCUCCUUCAGAGCAUACUAUAGCAACAGAAGCGCUCUCUUCAGAAUCAAUUUGAUAAGUCUUAUCUUCUAAUAAACUUUUUUGCACGUCAAGAGACGAUUGCAACUCAA